UACGACAGGGGGAAGCAGACGGUAACAACAUUAACGCAGCCUUUGACACAUUUUUAUGUGGGUCAUGAGGUAAAAGAAAACACAGUGAAAAUGACGACCUGUGGUGACUACCGCUCCAUCUUUGAUUUGUCCCAAAAUGAUGAGGCUUUGGUUGGGCUGAGAGAAGUGAGCCCUGUCCUGAAGCUGCCUGUUAGCACCGAGCCUGCCCCACACGAGUUGAAAGAUGAAGGCCCAGCGGAUGACAAACCGUGGGAGUGUAGCCUGGCUAAAGAGGUGUCAGACAAGAUGGUCUGCUCAGCCUGCAGAUGCCCCUUUAUUAAUCGUGAGGAACAGAUGGAGCAUUACAAGCUUGACUGGCAUCGCUUCAACUUGAGACAAAAAAUUGCAGGAUUGCCACCAGUCACAGUGGAGGAGUUCGAGAAGAAGACUGGAGCUGGAGACAUGUCAAGUAUCUCGGGCUCGGAGUCCGAUUCAGAGGAAGAAAACUCAGACAGUGAUUGUGGGGGAACAAGCAGCAACAUCGCUGGCACAGAUAAUGAGAGCUCGGGUGAAACCAGUUUAAUAACUGGCCGGCUCUCCAGCAAAGUGGUUUUCCAGAACUCAUCAGGACAGUAUCUGUCAGUCUACCGCUGUAUUCUUCAGGGGAAGUCAGAUGAUGAGCAGGAUGCAGGAGCCUCCAUAAUGGCCUUAAGUAAGACGACUGUGUGGGUCAUUCUCAUGACAGGUGGAGGCCACUUUGCUGGUGCUGUAUUCCAAGGAAAAGAAGUCCUUCAGCACAAGACCUUCCACCGAUACACAGUGCGAGCAAAGCGAGGCACUGCUCAAGGACUCAGGGACUCUCAGAACCGCAGUCACACACCGAAGUCUGCAGGAGCUGCUCUGAGGCGCUACAACGAGGCAGCACUGGUCAAGGACAUUCAGGAUCUUCUGGUAACCUGGGCUGAGUACUUGAAGGAGGCCUCUGCAAUAUUUGUACGAGCCCCUAGCUAUAACAAGACCAUCUUUUUUGGUGGUCGGGCAGCCCCCCUUGACAAAAAAGAUCCCAGGAUCCGUACACUUCCCUUUCCCACACGCAGGGCAACGUUUCGAGAGGUACAGAGGGUGCACGAGGUGCUUUCCACCAUUCACGUUUAUGGGAGAGACACAGACAUGUCUGCAGUCUUCAGUCCAUCUAAGAAGGCAUGGAAAAAAACUGUAAAGCCAGUAGCAUCAAAAAACAGUGAUCAAGAGCAAGUGGCAUCAGCAGAAGAAAACCAUGAUAACUCGAUAGAAGAGGGUGGAGAGAUCCAGCUGGAGAUGGUGGAGCUGACAUUAGGAACCCUGGACCUCAGGGAGUAUAAAAUAUAUCCCUCCAGGCACAAGAGAAGAAGGAGGAGAAAGAAGGAGGAAACCAAAAUGCAAAAUGAGGAACUGAGCAACACAGAAGCAGAUAAUCAAGAAGAGGAGGUACUGGAAGCUACAGCAGCAGAAGACGCUGCUCAAGUGACACAAUCAAAGAACAAAAGGAAGAGGAAAGCACAGACCAAGAAACAACUGGACGAAACUGUCGAGGGGUCAUGGGACUAUGGCCUGAGGGAUACGCUCUUUACAGCCUGCAAGGUUGGGGAUGUGGACACUCUAAGUAGACUCCUGGAGCUACCUGGAGAAACGGCAGAGAGUCGAGAGCAGGUGGAGAGCAACCCCUCUGAUGCACCAAGUCCUCUGACUCUCCUUAACAAGCCCAUAGACUCAUCAGCGUUCACUUUGCUGCAUGUUGCAUCAGCAGCUGCACAAAAGGCAGUGGUCAGGCUGCUCCUUGAUGCAGGAGCAGACCCAGCCUGCAGGGAUAACAAAGGGCAAACGCCGUAUAUUGUCGCCCCUGACAAAGACACAAGGAAUGUCUUUCGCAAAUACAUGGGUGAGAAUCCUGACAAAUUUGACUACAACAAGGCACAGGUACCUGGGCCACUGACGGCAGAGAUUGAAUCCAAAAAGACAGAGAAGAAAAAGGCUCAAAAGGCUUUAAGGAAACAACGAGAAAAGGAGCAGAAGGAGGAGAAGAGGAAACAAGAGUUGGAGGCCGAGGAAAAGAAGAGGUUUGCAUCUCUGACCGAUCGAGAAAAGAGAGCUCUGGCAGCAGAGAAAAGGUUAGCGGAACAGGUAGCUGCAACAGGAGUCAGCCUCUCUAACGUCAAGAGGUGCUGGUUGUGUGGGGAAUCUCUGCUUGGGAAGAUCCCAUUUCAGUACCUGGAGUAUUCGUUCUGCACCCCUCGCUGUGUCCAAGCACAUCGGAAAGCAAAUACUCUUCCAGGCAAAAGCUAACACCCAUGUGGAUAUUUUUACU